AAAAAAGAAAAGAAAUGUCAAAGGAGCAAAGUGCGAAACCGACGUCUGCAUCUCGUUCUGGUGGGGAAUGUUUAAACGGCGACGGCGCCGCAGGACGCCUGCCCAUCAGCGGUUCCGCAGGAGCCAUGGUCAUGAAAAGCGUCUCACUGUUUCUGGCGCGUGGUCGUAAGACUUCUGUCUCCUCAAGAAGACAACAAUCGACUUCAGUGGAUCAAAAACAAGAACUUGUAAAUAAAAGAAAAAGAAGAACAAGAAUUGAUCCUAAAAUGAAAAGUGCAGCUUAUUAUGCCAGGAUCAUCGAAUUAUUGAAGAAAAAAACUAAAUUUUCCAAAGUUGAAUUGGAGUCACUUUGCAAAAUUUAUGGUACACUGACUCAUAUUCCUAAACAACCUGGUGAAGUCACUGGACAUUCUUCAUCAUCACAGAUUACUGAGGGCAUUGAUAGGACAAUAUUUCGUGAAUUACUUCACAAUACUUUUAAUAUUAUAACAGAAGACACUUUAAUUGAACGAAUGUUUGUUUGCUGGGACAAAGAAAGUGAAGGUGUAAUUAAACUCCAACCCUGGAUUUUGGGCUUGGAUUUACUUUUACGUGGAACACAAAGAGAAAAAAUGGCUUUUUGUUUCAAAGUCUAUGAUUUGAAUAGUGAUGGCUAUAUCACAAAAGAUGAAAUAUUUCAACUUUUUAAGAAUUGUUUAAUUAAACAACCAGGAGAAGAAGAUCCAGAUGAAGGAGUGAGAGAUCUAUCAGAAUUAGCUUUAAAGAAAUUAGACGUGGAUCAUGAUGGAAAAAUAUCGUUUGAAGAUUAUGAAGCAACAGUCAAUGAAGAACCAUUAUUACUUGAAGCUUUUGGUCAAUGUUUGCCAACAUCUGAAAGUAUUGUUGCUUUUUUAAUAACACUACGACCUUGAAUUUUUACUUCUAUCAAAAUAGGAAUUUGCAAUAUUAGGUUCAAGCACAAUUAAAUGUCAAUGGAACUUUAUUAAAUAAAUAUGAUCCAGACUCAAUUCCUCAGAACGAGAGAUUAUUACGACUAAUUUUAAAAUAUGCUUCUAUUACGUCAACCAGAUUACUUUCAUUAAGAAAAAAAUACUUUGAAAGUGAACUCAAUAAUUUAAUGGAAACUCAAAGUCUUUAUGAAUCGAAUUAUUUAGAACCAAAAAUGAUUGAGGCUAUUAUAUCAAAACAACAAAAUCAAAAUUUUAUAACAACAACAACAACCACUACAAAUUCACCUAUGCCAUAUACUCCUGAUAUGGUAUUAAAUAUCCCAGAGACCAAUUAAAUAUUUUUAUUGGCAAAUACAUAAUAAAACUAAUUAAUUAUAAUUAUAAUGCCAAAAUGAAUUAUAACAAAUUAUAGAAAAAUAUAAUUAUAUAAUGAAGCAAAUUUAGAGUCUUUUAAUAAAAAGCUGUUUUAAAGAUGCAAGAAUA